AUGGCCACAGGUAGUGCCACAGGUAGUGCCACAGGUAGUGCCACAGGUAGUGCCACAGGCUUCACCUUCGCCUCGUUUUCAGCGUUGGAGUUGCGAGAAGCGCUGAAAGAACUCUACGAUGAGAAGAAGUUCGUGACCUUGAAAGAGAUUGAGAUCAUGAUGGAACUCAAAAAAUACAACGCGGUGGAUGUGAAGAGCUCCGAGACGUUCUUGAAAUCGCAAGAUCAGCAAAUCCAGGAGGUCUCUUUCAAGGUGGUCCCCCACCGCUUGCUACGGCUUCUGGAGCUGGGGACCUGGGAAGACCCCCAAGCCUCUGCGCCGACCGAGCCUCCGCCGCUCUCCGUUCGCUUGUGGGGCCUCCUGACCGCGUUCGUCGUCUCUGCCGUGGGCAUCUCCGCCGCCAUGCGGCCGACCACCGGCAUGGUGCGAGGGCCCAGGGGCCACCGCCCUGCACGGGAUUUGUCGGAGGACAUGCUCCUGCCGGUGUGA